ACAACACAAAUAGUGACAAAAUUUCUUUUGCGCAUGUUGACUGUUGAUGCGCAGGCAUGUGUAUGGCUGAUAUUAGCGAUUCGCGAAAUUUUGUUUUAAAGAUUAUUACCAUCCUAAGUAGCUAAGGGGGUGCAGUCGCAAAAAAAAAAAUAAAAAAAGAAAAAAAAAAGUUCGCAGGGUAUAACCAUGACAAUCAAUGAAACAAUAACAUUCCUCGUCAAGAGAAGGGUGUUCGAAAGAAUAGCAAUGGCCGUUCCCUAGAGAGAGUGAGGCUCAGAAUUCAAUUUUCUCAGGAUAGUCGUGUUCAAUGCCGAGAGGUAAAUAAAGGCUUGUUAGAAAAGAGCAACGUCGCAUAGUUCCAAUGAAUGUAGAAAGCCUCAAGAGGCUUAUAAGAGAUUAUCACCGAUAAUUAGUGAAACAGAACAAUGGGAAAGGGAAAUGAAAUGGAUAAGUGGUUACAAAAGAAAAAAAAGAAAAGACGAAGACGAAGACGAAAAGGCGCAAAAAGAAAUUUGAUGGGAUUCUUUUAGAAGCAAGUGCUUGAAAUUCCAUAUUGCAAAAAAGAGAAAGACAAGUAAAGUUGCUUGAGAGGAGAGUACUUGGGUUUUGUCUUGUCGCUCCAAACCUGCAAUGAUGGAUGAUAUAAAUCAUACACUCCAUGCUUCAUUCAUUCGUUGGAAAAAGAAAUUGUAGAAAAAACGUGUUCCAACUUUGAAAGUAUACCUUACACAGGAAAUUACAUUUGCUGUUCAGACCAACGAUCCGUUUAGUCUUUUGUAUAUUUCUAUUGAAUUCGUAUAUAAUUCUUUUCAAUCCUUGGGCAUUUAAAGAUUUACCGCGCUUACCCAAAUUGGUACUUACUGAAAACGCGUCAACGCGUUUUUCACUGUAAACAAAUGGUGGUUAAAUCUGUCAUAUUCGAAUCCUCUAUAUAAAAUUCGCAGAUUGCUUUUUAAUUCUUUCUUUUUUUAUUUAUGGAUUUAUUUUCAUAUGUAUGCGCACUAUAUGCAUUCAAGGCGUGGUGAGCUUGCAGUAUAAAAGCAUGCUGUUCCCCCCAUUGUGCAGGAUUUCUUCUCAGUUUUGUUUAAGCUUUCAAUGAAUGAAUGGUCUUUUAUGUUGAAUAAGAAAGUUUCUCAAAUAACAAAUAUUGCCAAAUGAAUGGGGUCAAUGAUUUCUUUACUCGCAAUAUGAAGAUUCCAAAUUCAGCCAUACGACUGAAAGGACAGGACAAAUAUUGAAAAAUGUAAUGUUAUUGAAAAAGAAAACAAAAUUUUGAGAAAGAGGCUGCAAUGCUCCAGCUUUUUUAUUGGUAGCAUCGCAUCUUUUGCUGCGAAACGUGCUCUCGUCAUGAAUAUACAAAGGCGCACGUUUUGAAAGAGCAAAAAAAUACAAUUAGAUUCUUUACGGAAAAUUUAGUUGUCGAUUAACAACUAUGAAACGAUUAUUCUAAGCCUUUGCGCAUAAAUUAUUAAAUAGUAAAUAGCGUGAUCAUUGGGCACCAAGAAUAAGGAAUCCUUGGUAAACAGAAAACACGCGAUUUGGCCAGCGAAGCCCCCAUAAAAUAUGAGCCUGGAAAACCAGAUUGGUAAAAAAAAAAAAGACUUUUUUAUUUCAAUAAUUAUUGAAAUAUAAAGAACAUAUUUUCGCUACAAACUACAUCCUACAAUUUUUGUUUGCAUUAAUUAAUGCGAAACAGUUUCCACUAUUGCUAAGAGGAAAUUAGUUACUGGAAACGGCAAUUGCAAGUUGAAAGCAUUUUUUUGUAAUAUCUCUUCCACGAGAGAUAUAGAUUAAAGCUGAAUUAAGCUACACAUACGUAUAUCUUCUAUUGCAAAAUACGCGUCGCCGACAACAUGACACCGGCCAGGCACAAAAUUAAAAUCUUUUUGUGGUUUCAUCUCUUUUUUCUUGGAUUCCUCGUUUUUUGGUUUCGAAAUGCGCUCUGUAUGUUUACGGAUGAUUAUCAAAAAGACAUCAUUCCUUCUGCCGAGCUUCAAGACUUAAGAGAACAGAUCUCUCAUGCUCCUAAAAAUAGAUCUGGACAAUUUUCUGAAGUUCCAGAAUGGCUCCCUAAUGUUUCUGGACAAGAACCCUUAAUUCCUAAAAUCAUUCACCAAACAUGGAAGACAGAUACAGUGCCAGAAAAAUGGAAAGCUGCUCAAGAGAGUUGUCGAGUCAUGCACCCUGAGUAUCAGUAUAUUUUAUGGACUGACGAAAUGUCCAGAAACUUUAUUGUUGAACAUUACCCAUGGUUUCUUAAGUAUUUUGACACUUAUCCCUUCAACGUGCAGCGAGCAGACGCAAUCCGUUAUUUCGUGCUCUUUCAUUAUGGUGGCAUCUACAUCGACCUUGAUGAUGGCUGCCGACAGCCCCUCGAUAGUCUAUUAUACUAUCCUGCUGUCUUCCGUAGGACGAACCCGGUUGGCAUAUCCAACGACGUUAUGGGCACUAUUCCUGGUCACCCUUUUUUUUCUUUUAUCUUAAGCAAUCUUAUACGAAAUGCAAAGUCUUAUGUCUUUCCGUAUCCGACCAUUAUGUUUAGCACAGGUCCGUUAUCCAUCAGCUUUCUAUGGGAACGUUAUCGACAUAAUUUACCGAAAGACGCUUCUGCAUCCGCGAAAAUACGUGUUCUCUUGGAAGAGGAUUACAAGUUUUCCGACAGAUCUUACUUCACUUUUUAUGAAGGAUCUUCAUGGCACGAGAAAGAUGCCUCUUUGAUUUUAUGGGCUAACAGACAUAUCUUAGGUCUAAUUUUUAUAGGCUUCAUUGCUUAUUUUCUUUUGUCAUAUUCUAUUUUCUCCGUAUUCCUUGACAGUCGGUUUUACGAACGAUACUUUUACUCCACUCAACACAAAGUUGAACUACCACUUUCAGAACAAGAAGAGGUUUAACUCAUUUCUUUUCUAAACUUCUUUUUUUUUUUUACUUUUAUUUUAUUUAGCUUUGAAGUCGCAAACUCAGCAACUUAUGUUGUAGUGAGACAUUACAUAGGUACUUGACGCGUACAUCUAACGCGCACAAAGUACCUACUUAAAAGUACCGAAUCAGUAUUAUCGCGAUAUACCGAGACGCAGCGUAUAUUUCAAAGAGCCGAAAGGUAAGGUGAUUGAACCUUUUUUUUUUUUUGGAAACUACUCUACAGAAAGCUAUCUGCUCUAAAUUCUUG